GUCUAGGGGGUGUGUCAAACAUAUGUGUAAAUUCCACCGCGACCUGCCGGCGACGAAGCAGUACGCGUACGGCACGAGCCAGAAGACGGCGUCGUACCCCGGCCCCACCAUCGUGGCGAAGGUCGGCGUCGACACGACGGUGACGUGGGAGAACCACCUGCUGGACAACACGCACAUGUUCACCGUCGACCCCACGCUCAUCAUGGGGUACAAGUGGCCCAAGAAGGGCAUUCCCAUCGUGGUGCACCGCCACGGCGGCAGCCAGCAGAGCUACUACGACGGCCACGCGUACGCAUGGAUCACGCAGUAUGGCGAGAAGGGCCCCACGUACACCAGUAACGCGUACAAAUACAUCGCGACCGACGGUGGUUACAUGGCGAAGCCUGUGUACUCGAAAUCGCUGCUGCUCGUGCCGGGAGCUCGCCAGGACGUCCUCGUGGAUUUCUCCAACCUGCCCGCCACAUGCAAGGACGUGAUUCUCCAGAACGUCGCUGCUGCUCCCUUCCCCGCUGGCGUGAUUGCUGACCGCGACACCGGGCUCGUCAUGCGCUUCGUGAUGACGAAUCGCAAGCGCUUCCCGGCUCCGAAACUCCCGAGCACCAUCUCGUACAUUCCUGUGAUCAACUUCAAGAACAUCCAGAAGGUUCGCUGGCACCGCCUGGUGGAGGCGAUGGACCCCAAGACCAACCUGCCUGUCCGUGUCACCAUCGACAACCUUGGGUUUGCCGACCCCGUCACGGACUUCCCCAAGCAGGGCACGAACGAGCUGUGGCACAUCAUCAACCUGUCGGCCGAUGCGCACCCCAUGCACUGGCAUCUCGUGGAUCACCGCCCCGUGGCCCGCCGCCCGUUUGACGUGGCAGGCUUCCAGGCUGGCACGUGCUCGUUCCGCGACAAGAAGAAGCCCACGUGCUUCACCGGGCCUGGGAUUCUAGUCGAUCCCACUGAGGAUGGCUGGAAGGACACCACGCCCGCGUACCCCGGCCAGGUGCUGACCCUCUGGUUCGGCUGGCAUGAUGGGAAUGGCAAGCCUCUUCCGUUUGAUCCCACUGUUGGGCCCGGGUACAUGUACCACUGCCACAUGCUGGAUCACGAGGACAACGACAUGAUGAGGCCGUUCAAGGUCAUCAAAUAAGCUGGGAUGAGCUUUUGUGCUGCAGGUAAGCAGCUGAGCUGCUGGAAAGCUCUCUAAUCUAACCAGCUAUUGUGUGCAGAUUGAUUGGUCUACCCUAGGUCUGUGUUAGGUAGCAUUAGCUUGGAAUGCGGUGUACCUUAGCUGCCACUGCAAGGUCUUAAGUAACCUGGUUAGAAGCUCCAAGUGGCUGGAGUUAAUAAGAUGUGUUGUUUUGCAAUGACUAGGAGAAGUUCGAUGGUUUGAAUGGUUAGCUUGUUCGAGGGGUGACGUGGAGGUGUAGACAUGAAGGCAUGUUUGUAUUCCAAUAAAUAUUAAUAAGCAUU